AUCUUGUCUUGUUCGUGAAGAAGUAGAAGCAUCGAAAGGUUUGGAGAGGUAUUACAGGAACUGUGGCGACAACGGGGUUCCGGAACCAGAGUGGGGCAUAAGUAAUCUUGCUGCUAUGCUUCCAAGCUGUAGUCUGAAUCAACCCAAAUUUUAAACAGAAGGUGAACCUCUGAGAUAGAAAAUCAAAUAUAUUUUAAAAAGUCAGGAUGUGGGAUCAAGGAGGACAGCCUUGGCAGCAAUGGCCCUUGAACCAACAACAGUGGAUGCAGUCGUUCCAGCACCAGCAAGAUCCAAGUCAGAUUGACUGGGCUGCAUUGGCUCAAGCUUGGAUUGCUCAAAGAGAAGCUUCAGGGCAGCAAAGUAUGGUAGAACAACCACCAGGAAUGAUGCCAAAUGGACAAGAUAUGUCUACAAUGGAAUCUGGUCCAAACAAUCAUGGGAGUUUUCAAGGGGAUUCAAACUUUAACAGAAUGUGGCAACCAGAAUGGGGAAUGCAUCAGCAGCCCCCACACCCCCCUCCAGAUCAGCCAUGGAUGCCACCAACACCAGGCCCAAUGGACAUUGUUCCUCCUUCCGAAGACAGCAACAGUCAGGACAGUGGGGAAUUUGCCCCUGACAACAGGCAUAUAUUUAACCAGAACAAUCACAACUUUGGUGGACCACCCGAUAAUUUUGCAGUGGGGCCAGUGAACCAGUUUGACUAUCAGCAUGGGGCUGCUUUUGGUCCACCGCAAGGUGGAUUUCAUCCUCCUUAUUGGCAACCAGGACCUCCAGGACCUCCAGCACCUCCCCAGAAUCGAAGAGAAAGGCCAUCAUCAUUCAGGGAUCGGCAGCGUUCACCUAUUGCACUUCCUGUGAAGCAGGAGCCUCCACAAAUUGAUGCAGUAAAACGCAGGACUCUUCCAGCUUGGAUUCGAGAAGGUCUUGAAAAAAUGGAACGUGAAAAGCAGAAGAAGUUGGAGAAAGAAAGAAUGGAACAACAACGUUCACAAUUGUCCAAAAAAGAAAAGAAGGCCACAGAAGAUGCUGAAGGAGGAGAUGGCCCUCGUUUACCUCAGAGAAGUAAAUUUGAUAGUGAUGAGGAAGAUGAAGACACUGAAAAUGUUGAGGCUGCAAGUAGUGGAAAAGUCACCAGAAGUCCAUCUCCAGUUCCUCAGGAAGAGCACAGUGAACCAGAGAUGACUGAAGAAGAGAAAGAGUAUCAAAUGAUGUUGCUGACAAAAAUGCUUCUGACUGAAAUUCUACUGGAUGUCACAGAUGAAGAAAUUUAUUACGUAGCCAAAGAUGCACACCGGAAAGCAACGAAAGCUCCUGCAAAACAGCUGGCACAGUCCAGUGCACUGGCUUCCCUCACUGGACUCGGUGGACUGGGUGGUUAUGGAUCAGGAGACAGUGAAGAUGAGAGGAGUGACAGAGGCUCUGAGUCAUCUGACACUGAUGAUGAGGAGUUACGGCACCGAAUCCGGCAAAAACAGGAAGCUUUUUGGAGAAAAGAAAAAGAACAGCAGCUGUUACAUGAUAAACAGAUGGAAGAAGAAAAGCAACAAACAGAAAGGGUUACAAAAGAGAUGAAUGAAUUUAUCCAUAAAGAGCAAAAUAGUUUAUCACUACUAGAAGCAAGAGAAGCAGACGGUGAUGUGGUUAAUGAAAAGAAAAGAACUCCAAAUGAAACUACGUCAGUUUUAGAACCAAAAAAAGAGCAUAAAGAAAAAGAGAAACAAGGAAGGAGUAGAUCAGGAAGUUCUAGUAGUGGUAGUUCCAGUAGCAAUAGCAGAACUAGUAGUACUAGUAGUAGUGUCUCUAGCUCUUCAUACAGUUCUAGCUCAGGUAGUAGUCGCACUUCUUCUCGGUCUUCUUCUCCUAAAAGGAAAAAGAGACAUAGCAGGAGUAGAUCUCCAACAAUUAAAGCUAGACGGAGUAGAAGUAGAAGUUACUCUCGCAGAAUUAAAAUAGAGAGCAAUAGGGCUAGAGUCAAGAUUAGAGAUAGGAGAAGAUCUAAUAGAAAUAGCAUUGAGAGAGAAAGACGAAGAAAUCGGAGUCCUUCUCGAGAGAGACGUAGAAGUAGAAGUCGCUCAAGGGAUAGGCGAACUAAUCGGUCCAGUCGCAGUAGGAGUCGAGAUAGGCGUAAAAUUGACGAUCAACGUGGAAAUCUUAGUGGGAGCAGUCAUAAGCAUAAAGGUGAGGCUAAAGAACAGGAGAGAAAAAAGGAGAGGAGCCGAAGUAUAGAUAAAGAUAGGAAAAAGAAAGACAAAGAAAGGGAACGUGAACAGGAUAAGAGAAAAGAGAAACAAAAAAGGGAAGAAAAAGAUUUUAAGUUCAGUAGUCAGGAUGAUAGGUUAAAAAGGAAACGAGAAAGCGAAAGAACAUUCUCUAGGAGUGGUUCUAUAUCUGUUAAAAUCAUCCGACAUGAUUCUAGACAGGAUAGUAAGAAAAGUACUACCAAAGAUAGUAAAAAACAUUCAGGCUCUGAUUCUAGUGGAAGGAGCAGUUCUGAAUCUCCAGGAAGUAGCAAAGAAAAGAAGGCUAAGAAGCCUAAACAUAGUCGAUCGCGAUCCAUGGAGAAAUCUCAAAGGUCUGGUAAGAAGGCAAGCCGCAAACACAAGUCUAAGUCCCGAUCAAGAUCAACAACCCCUCCCCGUCGUAAACGCUGAGGAAUGAUGUGGCAAGGAUGCCAUGAUGUUUAAAAAAUUCCAUGAGUUUUAAGGGCUUGUCUCAUUAUAGAGGCACAUUGUGGCUGUGUAGGUGAAACCAGAAUCUUUUUUUUUUUUUUUUUUAAUCUGUAAAUAGGUGUACUUUUUCCAAAUGCUGCUCCAAGUUACUUAAUAGGAUUUCUUUGUAUUACAUUUUUUUCAAAAAAUAGUGCUUAAUAAGACUAUAAACAUGCCAUUCUCUUUCAGCUGUAAUGUUCUUAAAAUUAUUCUUGAAUGUACUGUGAUGUCAAUAAAGCUCUUCAGUUCAUUUUUGUUAACCUCUUGCACCUUAAUUUUAUGAUUUUAAUCUAAGGAACGUACUUUUAUAAAAAGGCAGCUGGAAUUUUGUAUAACAGGUUUUAAAGGUACUUCCUCUCAUCUCCCCCAAAGAAAAUGGUUUUAACUUAAUAGUUUGUCAAAGUUUGUAAACUGUACCCAUGGAUUUUUUUGUCAAAUUCCAACUUUUAAGGGUGUGGAAGAGGGCCAAAAAUAGAUCUUUACUUUUCAUUUGGAAACAUUUGACAGGUUUCUAAACUUUUCUUCCUAUUUUGAGGAUUUUUGAGUAAUAUAUCUCUGUGUAUAAAGUAUGGUUUACUUCUGUACAGUGAAAUUGCUGGAAUCAAUCAAGCCAGUGCACAUAAGAAACAGUUGUGUUUGACCCUCAUAGUCAAGUCUGGAACUCUAUUCUACAGUUAUCCACUUCUGUUUUAGAAGCAUAUUUUAAACACUGGGUUACUACAGAAAUAAGACUCACAAUCCAAUAUAUUUAUUUAUAUUUUUAAAAUAUGACCUCAACUCAGUGGAGGAAUGCUGUAUUAUGCAGGUUUGUGUCAAUUUCAUAACAUUAAAAUGGUCUGGUUUUGUCAGUUUCUUAACAAUUAUGAUCAGUGAGUGGUCUAGCUAUUUAAGACAGUCAUAACUUACAAGUAAAAUGAGGCUCUGCAGGCAUUUAAAUGCUCAACUGCUUUCAGGGUCUGUUUUAUGUGAUUAUUCAGUUUUGCAACAAUUGUCAGAUACUUCUCUGAAAACAAAUGCUUUUAAAUUUUAAUUUAAAAAGAAAAGAGCAGGUGCAGGUCACAGGAAAGUUUUAAAGUAUGCCUUCUUACCAGCAAUAGUUCAUUUUAAAAUAAGCCAGAGUUUUGCCAUGAUCAGUGUUUCUUCAAAAUGAAGGUAGAAAUAGAUUUGUAAGUGUGCUCUUGUACCUCUACAUAGGUUCUUAAAUAAUUUUGAGCAGUUAUGCAUUUAUCUAGAGGAAAUAAAUCAACUGUGAAUAAAUGCAUGUUUACCAAAAUGGUUGUUUUACAGUGCAUUUAGUUCUGAUAUUUAUAAAGUUGAUAUUUCACAGAAUAACUUUUAAAUAGUUUGGAAUUCUAUAUAGUUUAGACAUCAGUCACAUGUGGAGACAAAAUGAAAAUGUGCAAUAUUUUUUAUGUAGGUGAGCUAACACAGUGUACCUAAUUGCAGAAUUAAUUAUCAGAUUAAUUUGUAAUAGAUAAGUUGUAUAACAUUUUCAUAUCUUAAAAUGUUUUUUAGAUCAAUCUUCAGGUGAAAUAAUAUUUUCAAAAUAAAAUUCUACAGAAAAGUUCUGUUGGCUAUGAUAUGCACAUUUUUGGGCAAGAUAAAUGAUUAGAGCCAAAAAUAGUAUUUGACAGUUUUAUUACUCUGCCAUAAUAUGCAAGCUUCUUAUUUAAAUCUGUAGAUAUUUUUUAAAACACACUAAUGAUAUAUGUGAUUAUUAGUAGACAGAUACAUCAGUGUUAUAAUUAGAUACUUAGGUUUUUCAGAUUUUUAUGGAUAAUUUAGGGAAUUCAUCACUUCACUGACAUAUAAUGAAGUAUGUUUACCUUAGUGGUAAGAUUUUAUAAAAUAGGGCUUCCGUGAUUUGGGAUAUGAAUGCUAACACACAUAAGUUAACUAGAUACAUAAUUUGGUUAUGAAAUCUAAAAUGACACCACCACAAAAUCAGUUUCAAUUUUUGAGACAAUCAUUGGUCUGAAUUGGUUAAUAAAACUGUCUUGAGGUUCUCUUAAAGUAUUUCUAGUGUAUUAAUCAUACUUGUUUUUGUGGAACGGGGUAAACCACACCAUCAAGUGAAUAAAAUGUAACUUGGAAGAGGUAAUUACAAGAUUUGUUUCAUGAAGGCCCCAAAAUAUAAAUAAAGACUGGUGUGGAAUCACAGUG